AUGUUACAUUUUGUCGUGGGGCGACUCGGUCACAUGGAGCCAUUUGACGACUCCGCAAGUGACUGGACCUCGUACGACGAACGUUUGACGUCAUUUCUUCGUUUCAACAAGGUCCCCGAAGAGGACAAGGUACAAGCGUUCCUCAGUUUCAUUGGACCCAAAACGUACGGCCUCCUCAAGUCCCUGACCGCACCGAGUCUGCCGUCCAACAAGACCUUCGACGAGUUACGGAGGAUACUUGGCGACCACUUGGCACCCAGACCGUCGGUGAUCGGUGAGCGAUCCAAAUUUUACCGUCGUUCACAAAAUGAAACCGAAUCUAUUGCUGACUUUGUGGCGGAACUACGAAAGCUCUCGCAGUCGUGCGACUUUGAAGGAUUUUUGGACGAAGCUUUGCGUGAUAGGUUUUUCUGCGGUUUACGGCGAGUAGACAUACAAAGGGUUUUGUUUGCGGAAGAUAAGAAACUAUCGUUUGCAAAGGCUGUCGAAAGAGCCUUGGCAAUGGAAGCCGCAACGAAAAAUGUCGCGGAAGUUCAAGGGACAGAAGAAAACUUUUCAGACGUGCAUAAAUUCAACGCGACAAGGAAACCGCUCCAGAAACAAGUUUCGACAAAACCGAGCGGCACAGAAGGGAAGCCGCCCUCUAAGCAUCGCUUCGGAUGUGGAUCGCCGAAGCACACGAGGAAAGAUUGCGUGCACGCGUCAGCAACUUGUUUUGGCUGUGGAAAGAAAGGACACAUCCAGCUGAUAUAUCAAGCUGAUAAGCGUGCAAACGAGUCGAACCGCAGAAAGAACUUGAAAGUUCUGAGUAGAGCGCCUGACGUGCACUAA